CCAUAGUCCACUAUAGACCACUAUGGUCCACUUUAGACCACUAUAGUUCACUAUAUACCUCUAUAGACAACGAUAGUUCACUAUAGUCCACUUUAGUCCACUAUAGACAUUGAUUGUCCAUAGACCACUAUAGACUACGAUAGACAACAUUAGACCACGAUAGUCCACUACAUAUUACCCCACUAGCUCAUGGCACCAUAUUAUUGUUGGUUUGUGGACCUCUAAUUCAGCAUUCUGGCCGUGGCCUUCUUGGUUUUCUCCAACCGGUGAACAGGAAGUGACCAUAUCUGGACUGAGGAGUCGAGACACCGUAUACAUCUCUGGUGUCGACCUGUCAAUCACCUUGUAGCCCGCCCUAAAACAUCUCCUGCUUUAUGGUCUGGUGGUCAGGAGAGAGAAUGCAGCUAUAACACAUUAAGCAUAGACUUCAGAAGCAGGGCUGGUAGAUGGUCCUCUUAUCUUCGGGGUUGUAGAUAAGAAGAACAUGAACAGUAUAAAUACAGCAGCAGCUCACACAAAGGCAGAUGAUGAAGAUGAUGAUGAUGAAGUUCUUGAUGCUUCUGGUCGCUGUCUGUCUGAACUCGGCCUCAGCUGCAAAGCUGCGGGUGGUGCAGACGGAGGGGGGGCAGGUGGAGGGGAAGAGUUACAGGAUGGGUCUGUUUCGGACCGUGGACGUCUUUAAAGGAGUCCCCUUUGCGGACGUCCCGGGAAAGUGGGAGAAACCUAAACCUCACCCCGGAUGGAGCGGAGUCCUGAAGGCUCUUCACUACCGAGACCGCUGCCUGCAGGUCACGCUGCUGCAGACAACAACCCAGGGCAGCGAUGACUGUCUGUACCUGAACAUCUUUGUUCCCCAGGGAAGGACACUGUCCUCUGGCCUCCCCGUGAUGGUCUACCUCUUCGGGGGGGCCUUCCUGUUGGGGGCCUCUAACGACGUGGCGAUCCUCGGGGACUCUCUGUACGACGGCAAGGAGCUGGCGGAGCGGGGCGACGUCAUCGUGGUCACGGUGAACUACCGGGUCGGCACCAUGGGCUUCCUGAGCUCCGGAGAUGCCCGCAUGCCAGGGAACUACGGCUUGUGGGACCAGCACGCCGCGAUCUCGUGGGUCCGCAGGAACAUCGCGGCGUUCGGAGGAAACCCCGAAAACAUUACCAUCUUCGGCCAAUCAGCUGGAGCCGCCAGUGCCACCUUCCAGAUGCUGUCCCCCCACAGCAAAGGUCUCUUCCGGAGGGUGAUCUCUCAGUGUGGAGUAGCUCUGAGUCCGUGGGCUCUGCAGAAGAACCCCAUGGCCCUCACCAAGAAGGUCCAGCCCGUCCUCUGAAUUCGCUGCAGCUGCGGAGGCAACGAGGACGAGAUGCUGGCGUGUCUGAAGCUGAGCGACCCGGUCGGCCUCACGAUGGCGGGAAAGAUCGACGUGUGUCUCCGCCCCCCUGCAGGUGUGGUCAUGGACCUCAUGGAACUGACUCCGGUGGUGGACGGCGACUUCAUCCCCGAGGAGCCGAGCCGUCUGUUCCACAAUGCGGCUCAGUUCGACUUCAUGGCCGGCGUGAACAGCAUGGAUGGACACAUCUUCGCCGGCGUGGACCUCCCCUCCAUUAACCAGAGGAACGCCAACACCACCGUGGAGGACGUGAAGGGUGUCCUGGCUGGCCUGACCAAAGAGAAGGGGGUCGCCGCCGUCAGCUCGGCCUACGGUGUAUACUCGUCUCACUGGGGGUCGGCGCCAGAUCCGGCGGUGGUGAAGAAGACGGUGGCCGAUAUUGAGACGGACUUCCUGUUCCUGGUUCCCACGCAGAUCGCCCUCAAGCUCCACGCCAAGAGCACCAGUGGAGCCCGUACCUACUCCUACCUGUUCAACAUGGAGACUCGUAUCCCAGGAUUGCCUCGCUGGGUGGAGGCUGAGCACGCCGAGGACCUGCAGUACCUGUUUGGUAAAGCCUUUGCCACCCCGCUGUUCUACUUCCCCCGACACCGGACCCUGUCCGGGUACAUGAUCGCGUACUGGACCAACUUCGCCAGGACAGGUGAUCCCAGUAAAGGAGCCAGUAAAGUCCCAGUUCCCUGGCCUGCCUUCACCACACAACACCAACCCUACCUGGCCAUCAACCACAAGAUCUCCAAGACCUCCGUCAGCUACGACCUGAGAUCAGAAUACGUCUCAUACUGGACCAACAUCUACAGCAGCCUGCCGACAGUCAGGAGAGAAGAAGAAGAAGGAGAAGGAGAAGGAGAAGGAGAAGAAGAAGGAGAAGGAGGAGAUCUGACUCAAUGAUUAUUCACUCUUCUUCCUCACUGGGAGUUUGUGCGAUGAAGACGUGAACACAAUCGUAAACAUUAAAACUCUUCUUCUCUUAUUUUAAUAAACGAAGCUGAGCUCCGAACCCUG